CGAAUAAGGGUAGUUUCGUAAAUAUGUUCUGACGACUAAAAAACGAGUCAUUUUCUAUUUUUUUAACAACGUAGGCGACUUUAGAAGAUUUCUUUAAAUUCUCAGCUUCCAAACCAAGAAAGAUUACACAGAUCAUAGAAGCAACAAUGGGGCACAAACAAAGCGUUGACUCCACAGGGAAAGGCAAAGAAGUGGCCGGUUCUUCGUCGAUGAUGCUAAAACACGGCGUUGAAUCUAGCGGACCGUCGCUGUUCGAUAACUUACCGGAAGAUUGCAUUUCCAACAUAAUCUCUUUCACAAGUCCACGAGAUGCGUGCGUUGCUGCAUCGGUUUCAAAAACCUUUGAAUCGGCUGUUAGUUCCGAUAGCGUAUGGGACAAGUUUCUUCCGCCGGAUUAUUCAUCUCUAAUUCCUCCAUUGCGAGUUUUUUCAUCGAAGAAGGAGCUCUAUUUCGCUAUAUGCGAUAAUCCUGUGUUAAUCGACGAUGGUAAAAAGAGCUUCUGGUUAGAGAAAGGGAAUGGGAAAAAGUGUAUCAUGUUAUCUCCGAAGAAAGAUAUGUGGAUCACAUGGGUUAGUACUCCCCAAUAUUGGCGAUGGAUUUCAAUUCCUGAAGCUAGGUUUGAAGAAGUACCAGAGCUUCUCAAUGUGUGUUGGUUUGAGGUCCGAGGGGGCAUGAGUACUAAAUACCUAUCUCCUAGAACUCGUUACUCGGCUUACAUUGUGUUCAAGACAAAGGAUAGAUGUCCUAAUUUGGGGGAUGUGCCAGCAGAAGCUACAGUCGGAUUGGUGGGACAAGCAUCAUCUCAAAGAUUCAUUUACUUUGUUGGGCCUACGAAUCGAGGGAGAGAGAGAGAAACGAGAGUUGUAACGAAACCAACGGAGAGAAAAGAUGGAUGGAUGGAAGCUGAGCUUGGUGAAUUCUUCAAUGAAUCAAGUUGUGAUGAGGUUGCAACAAGUAUUCUUGAGACUAAGUCUCCUUAUUGGAAGCGUGGUUUGAUCAUUCAAGGAAUCGAAUUCCGACCUACGAAAAGCCAGUAAAGUAAUAUCAUGUUUGGAUGAUUCCAGUUUCUGUUUGUUUGCUUUCAAUUCUAUAUCUAAGCAAGUGAAAAGCUUUGUUGUAUGGUAACACGAACUAUUUUUAGUUUUUGGAUUGCAAUGUUUUGAUUUGGAUGUU